GGCCCGCUGGCCGCGGCGAUGGGCUCCCCACCCUUUGGCUAGGGAGCCAUCUGGAUGGAAUGGCCCAAAGCUUCCUUCAGGCAAUUGUGCGUGUCAGAGGGGGGGACUCUGAAUCCCUGGACAGCUGCGUACAGAGUGCCCUGUCUGCCCUGUACCCACCGUUUGAUGCCACCGCGCCCACCGUACUCGGCCAGGUCUUCGACGUAGUGGAAGGCACCUACCGUGGGGACGGCCUGCGCUACCUGAUCGACUUCCUGGUCCCGGCCAAGCGCAUCCUUCAGGGCAUCCAGCAAGAUGCCUGCUCUGCGUUCAGUGGCCUUCUCUUCCGCCAUGAGGGUUGGCCUCUGUGUGUCCACGAGAAGCUCAUAAUCCAGCUCUCCUCCCUGGACCGGCGAGCGCUGCGGCCCGGGGACUUCUACUUGCAGGUUGCACCGUGCUCAGGAAGUCCCCCGCGCAUCGUGCUGAGGGCCUUGGCUGGUGACGGACGGCACGUGGAGCAGUUGGAGGUGCCUGAAGUGAGCUACACCUCCAUUUUCACCAUGGCUUGGCUGGAUUCGGUCAACCGGGAGCGAGUGCCCGGACCUCUGGAGCACUGCCUGCUGGCUGCCGAUGGCCACGUCUUCCGAGUGCCCUGGGAGGAUGUGGUGCAGCCUGAAUUCGUCUACAGGCCCCCCAUAAUUGGGGGAGAAGGGCUGGACAGUCAGUCCAUGAGGAUGAAUGGGGAGGGUUCAGACAUAGCUCCACAGGAAGUGGAUACUCUGAGUCCGGAGGCUGCGCAGGCCCCAACCCUCAGCCAGUCUACUGGAGAUGUGGGCAGCAGAUCAAAUGGGCUGGAUAACCUAGUAUUUGACUUGGACAGUGAACAGUUCUCAUUGGAAAACAAUGACAAACUACAGGAGGAUGACAACAAAAAAGUACUGGAACAAAAUGGCGAAGUACUUGAGGAGACGGUUAUGCAGGACCCUAAAGACACGAUGUUGGAGGACUCGGACCAAGAGGGGGAAUAUGUGGAACUGGCUGAUCUUCCUCUGCCUUGUUUCAUCCCCCAGAAGGGAUCAUUGACUCAGUCUAUAAGUCUUUGUUACAAAAACCUGAACACGCCGAGGACUAGUUCGCAUGGCCAGACCACCUCUGCUGAAGGGUUCCUGGACAGUGGCCGUUACUGCCAGGCUGCGGUCUGUGCUAAACUCAUAGAGGAGAACCUGAGCGAUGUACCUCCCCGGCUGCCGCUUGGCCCUGCAAGCAAGCCACCAGGAGGUACGCAUGUGGAGGACACUGCCGUCGUGUGUGAAAGCGAGGUGUCUGUUUGCUGUCCUUCUGCUGAAAGCGAUGGCUCGCAGUCGGGAUGCAUUGACGUGGCUGACGGAGAUAGCGUACCAAACUCAGAAGUAAACUUGGGGUCUUCAGACAAGGUGGGAUUUCCAGACAAGGUGGAGGGAGGUGCUGGUAGCCAUAGCUUGAGUGGGAUUAGUGAGGCAGGUGAUGUGAGCCCCAGUCUCGAUCAGGAAGAUGACACCAGGUGUAAUGGUGAGGAGAUAUGUCUGGUUCCUGUUCCGUUAGCUGUAGACUCUGACUCGGGGGAGAGAUCCCAGAAAGAGUGUGGAGCCUCUGGUCCUGGUCUUCAACCAGAUGCUCUGGGGAACUCUGGCACAGGAUCACCCCCAGUCGUGCUCUGCAUGGAGGGCAUUGGGGGUGUAGAAGAAUGCCCGGGACUAGAGAUUGAGGGGGAGAUGCUGAAGAGCGCAGCACAGGUGUUAGCCCCCAGCGCGAAAACAGAAACAGAAACUCCAGUGGAGCUCACUAGUGUUGAGGAAGCAGCAGAGAGUGAGCAGACUGAGAAAGAGGAUAAAGAAAAGGAGGAAGGGAAAGAAGCACACGGAGAGGUAGACAAGCAGAGCGCAGGGGCUGUAGAGAUGGGCAGAGGAGAGGUGGGGGAGGACAAGGUUGCUGAGAGUGUGGCAGAGAAUGGACAUACCUCCUCCAGCAGCAGCACUCCCAGCGUGGAGGUGGGGGCAGAGCACAACAACUCCCCCCUCCUGGAGAAGCCCUGUGGCUUACUCACAAACGGCCCCGAGGAGCGGGGGCUGGAGGAUGAGGCUGCGGGGCGGGAGCCAGAACAAAGCCCUGAGAGUGACGGCCCCCUCCACCUCAAGGCAGUGCCCUUGGACUCUCAGCCGCAAGGGCCCAGUCGGGGGGAGCAGCAGAGCCCAGAGCCCACCCACACACCCCCCUCUGCCGCGGAGCCCGCAGCCCAGACCGCCACGCAGGGAGGGGUGGUUUCGAUGAAGCAGCAGGACACUCCCUGCCUCCCGCCGGCCUCCUGGAAGACACACCCCAUCCUCGCCGAAGCCCACAAAGUCAACACAGAUGUCCUGGGCUCUGGAGUGCUCUGUCUCACUGGGACAAAAGAUAAAUGUGGGCGUGCCCUUGUCACUGUGACAACCAGGAGCACCGUUUGGUUGAACCCAGACUGCAACAGCGGCGAGCUGGUGCGGAUCCUGCAGUACUUCUAUGCCACCCUAAGGAAGGAGGCACGCUCGCAGGGCCUGACCGUGCUGGUGGAUGCCCGGCGCUGCUCUCCCGUCGCAGCCCUUUUCAAGGCGUUUUCCAUCUUGCAGGAGGGGGCUCCCGGCUGCAUUAGCACAGUGUUGCUGCUGUCUGAUAGAGAGCUGAGAUCAUGGCCUGAGAGACCCCCCACCAUACAGUUUGAGGUCCUUACCUCCCUCAAGGCCCUCCACAAGCACGUGGACAGCACCCAGCUUCCCGCUGCCUUUGAUGGAACCUUUCCCUACUGCCACAGAACCUGGAUCUCUUUUCGGAUGAGAGUGGAGCAGUUGACCAGCAGCUGCCAGGACGCUACUGUCCUUCUUAAGAAGGCUAUCGCCACCUUGGAGGCAACAACCCUGCCAUCCUGCACUGAGGAGGCCCAGGUGCUGCUGUGCGAGUACAAGGACUUGAUGCGCAGUGUGCUGGGGGACGCGCGCCUGGCACAGCUGCAGCUGGAAGGGGGUGCGGCUCUGUCCCGUCUCAGGAAGGAGAGCAGCAUGGGCCUCACGGAGGACCACAGGGAUGCCAUCGAUGCGGUCAGCCAGCUGUACGAGCAGGUGGACGAGCUGGUGCAUGGGCUGGUGAAGCUGUCCAACAAGCGCACACAGGAGCUGGAGCUGGUCAUGGAGUUCAAGAGCCUGGAGGAAGGUUUCCAGGAGGUGAGGGGCUGGAUUGAGGAAGUGGGGGAAAGUCGCCUGAAGACCCUCAGUGAGCUGGGAGACUCUCUGGAGCAGCUGCACAAGAAGCAAGGCCUCUUCAAAGACUUCUACUCCGCCGCAUACGAGCACUGCAAGAGCGGGGAGGCCCUGCUGAAACGGCUAGAGCGCUGGGAGGACGUGAGCUCCGCAGAGCUGCAGGUCUACGAGGUGAAGGUGCGCUCCUUCUGGGUGCACCUCCAUGAUUUCUCCCAGAGGGUGGAGGACACCAAGGAUAAGAUCGACAAGACCGUCCGACUCUAUGAGUUCUUUGACAAGGUAAGAGCCAGAUGUGCUUAUGGAAUGCAGAUGUGCAAACUGCUUUGGGUGAUAGUGCUACUGACCAUGAUGGGUCUGCGACAGGCCCCCGUGGGCACGGGCCGCUCAUUGUCCCUGACCCUGCGUGCCGCGCUGACCUCCUCGCGGGCCAGAUGGGCUCAGCCCAAGGAGUGCGGAGUCACUCGGAACAGGCGGCUCGCUGGUGCCGCUUGUCCCUCAGCGGGGCCUUUCACAGAUGACCUGCUGGCCACCCCAGCGACCAGCGGCUCAGUAAUUAAGUCCUGGGCUUCUUCUCAUGCUUUGUGCAGCACAAGGCUGGUGCCACGGUGUCUGACCUCAGGGAGCAUGGAUGGGGCCUCUGGGCGCCGGGGGCUGAGUGUGGACUCGGUGUGCAGCAUGACUGCGGCCGCAGCAGCUCCAUGUGCCGAGCAGGAACCGGAGCAGGAGACGGCGGACGGCCGGCGUGGCCAGGCCAGGCAGUCGGAGGGUCUGUCUAGUAAGUGGAACCUCACGAAUGACAGUGGAAACAACUGCUCUCGGGUGGUUAGAGGCCGUGACCCACUGGCUUCCCUUCCCUGCCCUGACAGCAAGCUGCGGCACAUCGUGGACGAGAUGGUGGCGACGGAGCGUGAGUACGUGCGCUCGCUCAGCUACAUCAUGGAACAUUACUUCCCCGAGAUGGAGCGGGCCGACCUGCCGCAGGACCUGCGGGGAAAGCGCAGUGUCAUCUUCGGCAACCUGGAGAAGCUGGUGGACUUCCACAGCCAGUACUUCCUGAAGGAGCUGGAGAGCUGCUGCAACCACCCGCUCCGUGUCAGCCACUGCUUCCUCAGACAUCAAGACCAGUUUGGGCUGUACGCCUUAUACAGCAAAAACAAGCCCAAGUCGGAUGCACUGUUGGCCAGCCACGGAAACACUUUCUUCAGGAACAAGCAGCUGCAGCUUGAAGAUAAGAUGGACUUGGCCUCCUACCUGCUGAAGCCCAUCCAGCGCAUGAGCAAGUAUGCUCUGCUGCUGAAGGACCUCAUCAAGGAAGUAAGCGAGGUACAGGAGCAGGAGCUGGCUUACCUGCAGGCCGCCGCCGAGAUGGUGAAGUUCCAACUGCGGCACGGCAACGACCUGCUGGCCAUGGACGCCAUCCGAGACUGCGACGUCAACCUGAAGGAGCAGGGGCAGCUGAUGCGGCAGGACGAGUUCACGGUCUUGUACGGCAGGAAGAAGUGCCAGAGACACGUCUUCCUGUUUGAGGACCUCGUGCUCUUCAGCAAGCCCAAGCGCAUUGAUGGCGGACUGGAUGUUUACAUCUACAAGCACUCCUUUAAGACCGCCGACGUGGGAAUGACAGAGACCUCUGGGGACAGCGGACUGCGGUUUGAGAUCUGGUUCAGGAGACGGACCUCCAAGAAUCAAACAUACAUCCUCCAGGCAAGCGCACCCGACAUCAAGCAAGCGUGGACGUCCAGCAUCUCCAGGAUCCUCUGGCAGCAAGCAACACGGAACAAAGAAAUAAGAAUGCAGGAGAUGGUGUCGAUGGGAGUGGGGAACAAGCCUUUCUUGGACAUAAAGCCAAGUGACGCGGCAAUCAAUGACAGAGCCAUCGACUACAUAAUGAAGGGCAGAGGAGCCAGGACCAGGGCCUCCAUAGCGGUUUCCCUCUUCGACCACUCCAACCCCUUCAAGCAAGCGCAAGUUAACGCGGCUGCGGGUGGGAGCCCGACCUCAGGGGGCCCCUUGUCCUCAUCCCUGCUGGGGCCCCUCAACCUGCACAUGUACAGCAGCCAGGCCCUGCUGUCGGGCGAGCGGCCCUUCAUCCUGGAGGAGGACGAGCAGGAGCAUGAGACCAGCAGUCAGCCCUCCAUGACCACAGAGAGCUCAGAGUCCUCCUGUCCUUGCCUGUCGGGCAGCGGCUCCAGCAGCUCCGACAGCGGCUGCGUGUCCAGCCACCUUCCGGAGGCUCUGUCCGAGGAGCCGAACUCCCCCUGCGAUUCCUCCUGCUACUCCAGCGUGGCCUCCCCCGUCGAGGACAAGCCACGCUUCAACAGCCAGUAUAUCUCAGCGCCCAGUAACAGCUGCCUCUCUCCACUUACAGAAGGCAGGCCAGAUCAUAAACCCAUCCACCAUAGUGUGAGCGUGGUCUGAUGAAGCUCCUCUCAUCAAGAAGCCAGUUUUGCCGUGAGGAGACUGAAGUAUUUAUAGCUCUCUCUGCCAGAACACCUCGUCUCAGACACUAAAUGACCUUUAGUAAAGCACUGAUAAGUCUCAGAUAUAGCCUUUAAUUAAAGGGUUUUUUUCUCUCUUCCUUCCAAAACAUGUUCAGUUGUGUUUGUGUUAUAGUGAAAACUGUAAAUAAUUAUAUUGUAAUAGUUUACAAUGCAGUUAAACUGUCUUUUGACCACUUUGCUGUAGACUGCAAUUAACAGCAUGAGAUGUACCUUCAUGUAAAAAGGUAUUUCCGAGGGGUACAUGCAUACUCUGGUUUAAAAGCAAUGUGCUUUCUUUUUUAAAAAGGCAAUUUUUCUACGACCUGGUCUUUUCCACAUCUCUUCUCGUUGUUGUUGAACUGACCUGUGGUCAGGCCUCUUGUAUCACUGUGACUCGCACUGUGGUUGCACAGGUCACUCUCUGGGUUUGGUAGUACUUCCAUCUCAGAAUAGUUCAGGGCCUCUGGUCCAUCAGCUCAGGAGGCUCAUGGCCCUGCUGACCUGAUCCCCUGAGCAGAGUGUGCGCCUGGCCGAGGGUCCGAGGGGCCGGACAGGCCUGCCAGGGAGCAAAGAGGCAGCAGCUCGGCGCGGCUGAUGGACGCCGUUUGAACACGCAAAAGUGUAUAUUGUAAAUACUUUGCGCCAGUGGUGCUCUGCGAUUGUACUUAUAGAUAACUUUGUACAUGUAUGUAUUAACCAGCAAGACAGGGAAUCACUUGUGCCAUUCUUACCGUGUUCAAGAAGAAAAAACUUAAUCCUCAGAAGUUCACACGUAUUUAAUAAAGAUGGAGUCCGUUUCUUUGAA